AUGGGCGUUUGUCUGGCGUUUCUAUCCCAACAACGACGGAAAGUGUUUUCGUUUGCAUCAAGAAUUGCAUCUUGGAGGACGAGACAACUUGACAACGCGUCUGUAGAGAACAAGGAGUCUUCGGACCAAACGGUUUGCAAUCAUUUUUUUGUUGGAAUUGCGGAAAAUGCUCAUGAUCCAAGCGUUGACGAAAAACUUAACUCAAAGAAAGAGUCCAGCUACCGUAAUCAAGACUCCCCCAAUUCCCAGUUCAAUGCUAUAUCUUUUCUAACUUUAGUUUAG